AAAUACAUGAGGUAUAGAAAUACAUAAGGAAUUCAUAUAUAUGUUACUUAAAUGAUGUGGACUACAAUUUUAACCUUGUGUUCGAGAUAAUGAAUAUACUUUUUUUUCCUUUUCUAGUACGUCAAAAGAUGAAACUCGUUUUGUAACCUAACUAUGCCCGCCUCUCGUUUUAGUUCUGGAACACUUCGUACAACUGUUGGUUAACAUAAAAUAGCCUAGGGACAAGUUUCGAAGGUAACAUGUUUCCCGAUGAAGGCUAUUCAACAGAAACGUAUACACCAGUAACUGUAUAACUUCGUUUCCUCUAAGUUUUUUCCCUCCUAAUUCAUAAUGACUAUUCAACAUAUUAUACAGUCAGAGGAAGGCGGGCCAAUGAGAGUGUUGCCUGAUAUUUUCCUUAACAUAUCAGUAAGAGUUUUAUUCACCUCAGCUAGAUUAACCGAACAUGGUGAUGAUAACUGUUAUGGCGUUUGGACUUAAGAUGCUGGAAACAUUCGUAUUUUUUCUAGUAUUACCAACGCUUGCUCUUUUCUUUUCCCUUUACAUUAUACUAAAAUACUGUUCUUUUAUCCGUACUCGCUGGUUUGCCUGGUUCCACUCAAACAUCUGGAAUCCAGUUGCAGAAGUUCUGACAUUCCACAUGAAAAAAGACCACUUUCGUGAACUCCAAACGAUGACCUCAUGUGAUACCGAGCUUCGCAAAGAAGGCUCAAUUCGAAUUCUGGAGAUAGGAGCAGCUCAUGGCUGUAACUUGGAGUUCUACCCAGACAAAUGUCGGCUGAUAGGCGUCGACCCUAACCCUUACUUCAACAGCUAUUUUCAUGAAGCCCACAGCUUGAAGAAGAACCAGCACGUAAUAGUUGAACGUCUGAUGUGUUGCGGAGCCGAGGACAUGAAGGACGUGCCAGACAACAGUGUGGACGCUGUGACGUCAACGUACGUCUUGUGUUCUGUGACAAGCAUACAAGAAACUCUGAAAGAAAUUCUAAGAGUUUUGACUCCGGUAAGUUGUCAAAAAUCAACUGAUUUAAUCAUGUAA